GUUAAUUUAUAAAUGUAUCCCGCUGAUUACUUCACUGAUAUGUCUCAUUAAUUGAUAUGUCUCCCUGUCCUAGCCCCCUUACCUAUGGAGAAUAUAGCCAGAAUGGCAGAGGAGUGUAUGAAGGAGAUAUACCAUGAUGAUGAGGAUGAUGACGACCUGGAAGAUGAUGAAGAUUUACUGGCUGAGCUGCAGGAAGUAGUGGCCGAUGAGGAAACGGAGGAUGAUGUGACCCCCACCUCCCCGGAAGAGACGCCACGAUCACCACCACAGGUAACUCACAUCUCCUGCCUACAGAAACGCACACUAAGUUGUAUCUGCAAUGCCAGCGUGUGACUUUAGAUUUGACAGUGUUAGCUGUGUGUAUGAAAUACUGAAGCAUACAAUAAGUAUUAUGGUCU